UACGAUUAAUAAUUUUUAUGCAAGCAGGAAGUGAGGUGGGGACAAACAACAAAAUCAAUAUUUUUCUUUAUUUUUCUGUCAACAAUCUGUCAAAAUGAUGCAGUUUAUGCUGCUAUUUAGCCGGCAAGGGAAAUUGCGGCUACAGAAAUGGUAUGUUGCGCACCAAGAUAAAUUGAAGAAAAAGAUUACCAGAGAGCUUGUCACACUAGUUCUGUCAAGGAAACCAAAGAUGUGUAGCUUUCUAGAGUGGAAGGAUCUCAAAGUAGUUUAUAAAAGAUAUGCAAGUCUGUAUUUUUGCUGUGCUAUUGAACACGAAGACAAUGAGUUACUUACCUUGGAAAUCAUCCAUAGAUAUGUAGAACUACUGGAUAAAUACUUUGGAAGUGUAUGUGAACUAGACAUUAUUUUCAAUUUUGAGAAAGCUUACUUCAUGUUAGAUGAACUGUUACUUGGCGGGGAGGUUCAGGAGACCAGCAAGAAGAACGUACUCAAGGCUAUAGCAGCUCAAGAUUUAUUACAAGAGGAGGAAGCUUUAGAAACUGCUCUUACAGAAUAUGGUCUAACAUAGCAGUUCACUGGCUUAAGGUGCUGACUUGGGGAUGUUUUAUCUUAGAAUCUGAGGAGCCAAAGAGUUUCCUGGAGGAACUGGGGAUAACUACUGGAAGCUAGUGUUGUGUUAAUCAGUUUGUUACAUUGAUCAAUUAUUCAUCACUUAUUUUAAGUCAAUUUAUACAUAUUUUUAGCUCACCUGUCAUGUAGUGACAAGGUGAGCUUUUGUGAUUGCCCUUUGUCCAUCUGUUGUCUGUUCACAAUUUCUUGUGAACAUGAUAGAGACCACAUUUUGCAAUCAAUUUUAAUCAAACCUGCACACAUCUUGUAUUGGCAUAAUAUCUUGGUUCUUUUCGAAACUGGCCAGAUCCCAUCAUGGGUUCCAGAGUUAUGACUCCUUAAAGGGCCAAAAUUUGCUCUUUUGGCUUGUGAACAUGACAGAAACUGCAUUUUGCAAUGGAUUUUAAACAAACUUGCACACAACUUGUAUUGGCAUAAUAUGUCAGUUCCGUUCGAAAACUAGCCAGAUCCAACCAUGUGUUCCAGAGUUAUGACCCCUUGAAGGACCAGAAUUUGCUAUUUUGGCUUUUGCAGCUAUAUAGAUACAAACUUGCAAAAUAUCUUUAACAACAAUAGAUCUUGAAUUCCAUGAUGAAUCCAUGAGAUCCAGUCAUAAGUUUUGGAGUUACGGCCUCUGAUUGAACCCUGAAAGAGUCAGAAUUUGUUAAUUUCUACCAUGUUAACACCUUAGAAGUGACAUUUUACAUUAAAUUUUAAUCACACUUACACACAACUUUAGUCACAGUAAGAUCUUGGUUCUUUUCGAAAACCAGCUAGAUUCCAUCAUGGAUUCUAGAGUUACUGCCUUCGAAAGGGGUUCAGGCAAAAUUUUCUAUUUUGGCCCUUUCAGAAUGUUUAUCUUGAUUUAUAGGCCAAGUUCGAAACUGGGUCAUAAGGGGUCAAAAACUAAUCACCAGGUCAAAUCAAAGGAAAAGCUUGUUAACACCCUAGUGGCCACAUUUAUGGCCAUUUCUUCAUGAAACUUGGCCUGAAAGUUUAUCUUGAUGAUCCCUUGGCUAUAUUCGAAAUUUGGUCAUGUGGAAUCAAAAACUAGGUCACCCACUCAAAUCAAUGGGAAAGCUUGUUAACACUCUAGAGGCCGCUUUUAUGACCCUAUCUUCAUGAAACUUGGUCAGAAUGUUUAUCUUGAUGAUUCCAAGGCCAAGUUUAACAGGUGAGUGAUAUAAGGUCAUUAUGACCUUCUUGAUGUGGGUAAUAUCAUUAGAUUUGUUAAAAUUUCAAAUGUGAAAGAUUUUAUGCAAUAAUUCAUGAAUGUCGAACAAAUGUCAUGUAAAAAUUUAAAUAGUUGCUAUUCUAAAGGUUGUUAUAUGUACAUGAAGUCCCAAUCCAAGACUCUAGUUACCUUCUCUGAUGGCCUGUGCACACAUUGAAAUGAAAUUUAAACUUACAAUUAUGUCACUAGCUGGACUAAUGAACAUGCAUGUGUAUAAAAAAGUAUUAUUACAUGACUGUAUUCUAUUGUUUCUCUGAUUGGCUGAAAACGGUUCUAAAAGUAAUGAGUACAUAUCAUAUCAACUUAUCUUGGGUUAUAAAUAGUACGA